AAAGAUUACGAUUUUUGUAAUCGGGGACGGGAGGAUGCAACGGGGUGUGUGGCGCAGAAAGCGGAAGCAAGCCACCUGUGUCGUCCUUCCCAGGCCUACCUGAAGCAAGCGAGCCAGGUAGGGAGGGCAGCGUUAGCAGCCCGAAGGGCCUCGCGCAUGACCAGAUGGGCGGAACGAUGGGUUGAGGCUGAGACGCCCCCGAAAGUAACCGCCUCCGGGAAAAGGGAGACGGAAACGGGAUUGUUCUUCUGGCCGUUGCGCCUCCGUCCGUAGCGGGAUAUUUCUGCCCGCCCUUUUUGUCUGAAAGAGGGAAGAGGUCACAGAUGUCUUCAAGGAAUACAUCAGUGGAGCACAGAAGUGGGCAGCAAAGUCGUUCUGUCCAUUAUGAUAAAGUAUAUGUGGAUUCCCCUUCCCCAGAAGAUGCUGAGGAGAUAUUAAAUUCGGAACCUUUGCCACCGCCUCUUCCAUUACAGCCACCAUUUGGACCUGAAUUUUAUCCAAGUGACGAUGAAGAGUCGUCUGAAAUGCCUGAUCUCAAACCAGUGAGAAAAUUCAUUCCUGAUUCAUGGAAAAACUUCUUCAGAGGAAAACGAGGUGAUCCUGAAUGGAAAAAGCCAGUAUCUGCCAUUUCAGAUGGAACUCAAUGUUCUCCACCAUCAUCUCCAACACUUACUCCAGUGAAAGCAGACCAUACUUCAACACCAAGUACUUAUCAAGAUCCAUAUGGAGGAUCAGGAGGGACUUACAAUUCACGAAAAGAAGCUGAAGGUAUUCUCCCCCCAGAUCCAUAUGGUUCUCUGGGAAGGCAGACUCAGGCUCUGACAUACAGUGAGAAAGUAGAAGCUUUUAACCUGAGAUAUUCCUACAUGAAAUCUUGGGCAGGAUUGCUUAGAAUCUUGGCUGUUGUUGAACUGCUCUUAGGUGCAGCUGUAUUUGCCUGUGUCACAGCUUAUAUUCACAAAGACAAUGAGUGGUAUAACAUGUUUGGCUUUUCACAACCAUAUGGCUAUGGUGCAAGCAGCAUGUAUGGUGGUUAUUAUUACAGUGGACCCAAAACUCCUUUUGUUCUUGUUGUAGCAGCGCUUGUUUGGAUAGUGACUAUCAUACUUCUAGUACUUGGUAUGUCAAUGUACUACAGAACUAUUCUUCUGGAUUCCCACUGGUGGCCUUUAACUGAAUUUGGAAUCAAUGUGGCCUUGUUUAUUUUAUAUAUGUCAGCUGCUAUUGUCUAUGUAAAUGAUGCAAACAGAGGAGGACUUUGCUCAUAUUCAUUAUUUAACACACCACUGAAUGCUGCUUUUUGCCGUAUAGAAGGGGGACAGACAGCAGGAAUAAUUUUUUUGUUUGUAACAAUGAUUAUAUAUCUCAUCGGUGCAAUUGUUUGCCUAAAAUUAUGGAGACAUGAAACUGCACGCAGACACAGAGAGUUCAUGGAAGAGCAGAUGAAGUCACAAUCAUUUGCCCCAAAGAGAAUGUAUGAAGAUCAUGAAAAUGACACAUCCAAGGUAGCAAUAAAGACACUGAAGGGUACAGAAAUGAAGCCUGAAGUACUUAAUGGCCAUAUACCAGCAGGACAUAUUCCUAAACCAAUAGUGAUGCCAGAUUACUUAGCAAAAUAUCCAGCAAUUCGGACAAAUGAGGAAAGAGACCGUUAUAAAGCUGUAUUUAAUGAUCAGUUUUCUGAAUAUAAAGAACUGUCUUCCGAAGUUCAGGCAGUUUUGAAGAAAUUUGAUGAGUUAGAUGCACUUAUGAGGAAGCUUCCUCAGCAUCCUGGAAAUACUCUUGAACACGACAGAAUCGCCAAUGUUCUCCAACAGUAUAAAAAGAAAAAGAAUGAUCCCACAUUUCAGGAGAAGAAAGAACGAUGUGAAUAUCUAAAGAACAAACUUUCUCACAUAAAACAAAGAAUUCAGGAAUAUGACAAAAUUAUCAACUGGAAUACUUAAAAUGACUCUAGUUUUACCAACAAGUUUUUUUUUUACCAUUUUAAAAUAUUUAUUGCCAUUAUUGUAAAUUUUUCUUGUAAAAUUAGCAACUAAAAUGUAGUAUGUAUAUUGUGAACUAAGGAAAAGUUUUAUCUACUGUAAGCUGGAAAAAGUUCUAAGAAUGUAGUUAAACCAUGUGCACUGUUGAUGAUCCUAUUCUAAAAACAGAUAAAAUUAGUAUCUUUUACUUUUUAAAUUCAAAAUAUUUGUAUUUCUGUCACUUAUAUAUUUUCCUAAAUAUGAAUAUACUGUAAACAGGUAUGACUUCCUUAAUUCCAUGUAUAGCUCAGUUACAUGAAAUGCAGUUUUUUAGAGAUCCAUGUGUAUUAAAAAUUGCUUUACAUCCUAUAUGCCACCUAACUAUUUAUGUGUAAUGACCUACUUGAAAGGACAGGGAACCAGAGUCUAGCCAUCUCCUCCUUUGUCAGGCAGGAACUUGGAUUCAGGUUCUACAGAACCCAAACCAUGUGUUUGGUGAUCUCAGUACUAGGAGCAUCAAUUCUUAAUUCCCUUUUAAAAAUCCCUAAUGAAGUGUUGCAUAGUUUGUGUUUAGGAGAAAGAUUCAAUGUUCCAUGGAACAUUGGACUGAGUUCUAUUUUGUAUAGGUGAUUAACAAAAAAAAAUUUUUUAUAUACAUUCUUUAUGUGAACUAAUAAAUAUUUUAGAUAUAUAACAAAGUUAAGUUUUUAUAUAGUACAAUCAUCUCGUUCAGCAAUUUUUUUUGGCUAGCCAUACAUUUUAAAAUUAAAUAAUUUUGAAAGUUUAAUAUUUGUAAAUCUUGGCAUUCUAAGCAAAAAUUGAAGUUGUAAUUUUGUGACCUGCAUCUAUUUUGCAACAACAUAGGUAUAUGAGAUUCCAUCUAACAGGCUGUGGCAUUUGAAAACAUCACAAUUAUGCAAAGUACAACCUUUUUGUUGGAAGGGUAGUUACCUUCAUGUUUUCUUGCUGGAUCAUAUGGAUAAGGAAACGGAAGUUCUGGGAUGAAUAUCAUUCUUUUAAAAUUGAUUCUGAUGUAGAAAGGGUUUAGAUACAUAUCAUUUUAUUUGAAAAUCUAUCCCAAAUUUAUUUUAUAGGUAAUGCAUUUUGAGCAUACAAGUGCAACCUUUCUCAGAUAAAGUUAUUAGCUUUGUUUGGGAAAAUAUCAUGAGGAAAGUAAUUGUUAAAAGAGAAUGUAAAUACUAUAAAAAAAAAACAACAUUCAACUUAAAUAUUUUCUGACUGAUACUGAAUCUUACUUUCCUGCUGAAAGACAGCCUUGUCUCAUUCAUAUACACACACACACACACACACACACACACACACACACACACACAGAUAGAUAGAUUUAUUUGAAUUGUCAACUAAUCUCA